CUUCCAAGCAUGCUCCGUUGGGCCCGAGCUUGGAGGCUUCUCUUUGAGGGACGCGGCCCCGCAAGUCCCUGCUUCUCAAGGGUGCCUGUCACAACCAGGAGCGGAGGUGGAGCCGAAGCGAGGCCGCUGCCACUUUCCUACACGCUCGUGGACGGGGAGGAGGCCCGUCCAGGCCUUGUCUUUCUCCAUGGGCUCUUUGGCUGCAAAAACAACUUCAACUCCAUCGCCAAGGCCCUAGCCCAACAGACAGGUCGGAAGGUGCUGACAGUGGAUGCUCGGAACCAUGGAGACAGCCCCCACAGCUCAGACAUGAGCUACGAGGCCAUGAGCCGGGACUUGCAGGAUCUCCUGCCCCAGCUGGGUCUGGUGCCCUGUGUUCUCAUUGGCCACAGCAUGGGGGGCAAGACAGCCAUGCUACUGGCACUACAGAGGCCAGACCUGGUGGAACGCCUGAUCGCUGUGGACAUCAGCCCAGUGCAGACCACCACUGUAUCGAACUUCCCGUCCUACAUGGCUGCCAUGAAGGCUGUAGACAUCCCAGAUGAAGUACCCCGCUCCCGAGCCCGCAAGCUGGCUGAUGAACAGCUCAGCUCUGUUGUCCAGGACAUGGCUGUGCGGCAGUUCCUGCUUACCAAUCUGGUGGAAGUGAAUGGGCGCUACGUGUGGAGGGUGAACUUGGACGCCUUGGCCCAACAUGUGCAGGAGAUCUUGGCCUUCCCACCUCGACAGGAAUCCUACCCUGGGCCCACCCUCUUCCUCCUGGGGGGCAACUCCCAAUACGUACACCCCAGCCACCACCCUGAGAUGAGGCGGCUCUUCCCUCGGGCCCAGAUGCAGACAGUGCUCAAUGCCGGUCACUGGAUCCACGCUGACUGCCCGCAGGACUUCAUGACUGCUAUCCGAGGCUUCCUGGCCUGA